CUUUACCCAGCGGGGCCUCCCCGCGCAGGAGCUGCUGCCGCCGCCGCCGCCGGAGUCUCCUCCAUUGUCCGGGCCGGGCUGGGCCCAUGGGCCCCGCCGCUACGAGAGCCGCCGCGUUGCCGCCAAGCCACAGCCGGCCCGGGGCUUGAGCCGCGCUCGAGCCAACCAUCACCAUGGGGGUGGACUUUGAUGUGAAGACGUUCUGCCACAACUUGCGGGCGACCAAGCCGCCGUAUGAGUGUCCUGUGGGGACCUGCCGGAAGAUCUACAAGAGCUACAGUGGAAUUGAGUACCACCUGUACCACUAUGACCAUGACAACCCGCCACCCCCACAGAGCACCCCUCUGCGCAAGCACAAGAAGAAAGGCAGACAGAGCCGCACCGCCAAUAAGCAAUCGCCCAGCCCCUCAGAGACCUCCCAGUCCCCGGGACGUGAGAUCAUGACCUACGCACAAGCGCAGCGCAUGGUAGAGGUGGACCUGCAUGGCCGCGUGCACCGCAUCAGCAUCUUUGACAACCUGGAUGUGGUGUCAGAAGAUGAUGAGGCCCCCGAGGAGGCCCCUGAGAACAAUAGCAAUAAAGAGAACACGGAAACCCCAUCAGUAGCUCCCAAAGCCGGCAAGCACAAGAACAAAGAGAAACGCAAGGACUCUAAUCACCACCACCACAGUGCCUCGGCUGGCAAUACGCCCAAGCUGCCAGAGGCUGUGUACCGCGAGCUGGACCAGGACACACCUGAUGCGCCCCCUCGGCCCACCUCUUACUACAGAUACAUUGAGAAGUCAGCCGAGGAGCUGGAUGAGGAGGUGGAGUACGAUAUGGAUGAGGAAGAUUACAUUUGGCUGGACAUCAUGAACGAGCGCCGGAAGACGGAAGGGGUGACCCCCAUCCCCCAGGAAGUCUUUGAGUACUUGAUGGACCGGUUAGAGAAGGAGUCCUACUUUGAGAGCCACAACAAGGGCGACCCCAAUGCGUUGGUGGACGAGGACGCUGUCUGCUGCAUCUGCAACGAUGGCGAAUGCCAGAACAGCAAUGUUAUCCUCUUCUGCGACAUGUGCAACUUGGCCGUGCACCAGGAGUGCUAUGGCGUCCCUUACAUCCCCGAGGGCCAGUGGUUAUGCCGCCGCUGCCUACAGUCGCCUUCCAGGGCCGUGGACUGUGCUCUGUGCCCUAACAAAGGGGGUGCUUUUAAACAGACGGACGAUGGGCGUUGGGCCCACGUAGUGUGCGCCCUCUGGAUUCCAGAGGUGUGCUUUGCGAAUACGGUGUUCCUGGAGCCCAUCGACAGCAUAGAACACAUCCCCCCGGCCCGCUGGAAGCUGACCUGCUACAUCUGCAAGCAGCGCGGCUCUGGGGCUUGUAUCCAGUGCCACAAGGCAAACUGCUACACGGCGUUCCACGUCACCUGCGCCCAGCAGGCCGGGCUGUACAUGAAAAUGGAGCCGGUUCGGGAGACAGGAGCCAACGGCACCUCCUUCAGUGUCCGUAAGACUGCUUACUGUGACAUCCACACGCCGCCAGGCUCUGUGCGGCGCCUGCCUGCCCUCUCGCACAGUGAAGGGGAGGAGGAAGAGGAGGAGGAGGAGGAAGAUGGGAAGGGCUGGAGCUCUGAGAAGGUGAAAAAGGCCAAGGCCAAGUCCCGGAUUAAAAUGAAGAAGGCAAGGAAGAUUCUGGCGGAGAAGAGAGCAGCCGCUCCUGUAGUGUCCGUACCCUGCAUCCCUCCCCACCGGCUCAGCAAGAUCACCAACCGCCUGACCAUCCAGAGGAAGAGCCAGUUCAUGCAGCGGCUGCACAGCUACUGGACCCUCAAGAGGCAGUCCCGCAACGGGGUCCCCCUGCUGCGCCGGCUCCAAACGCACCUCCAGUCGCACCGGAACUGCGAGCAAGGGAGACCAGCCCCUCCCCCUCCCGUGUCCAAAACGGAGCAGACUCUGAUGUUCCCGCAGCGAGACAACACAGAGGAUAAGAACUGGGCCCUGAAAGAGCAGCUGAAAUCCUGGCAGCGCCUCCGCCACGAUCUGGAACGAGCGCGCUUGCUGGUGGAGUUAAUUCGCAAGCGGGAGAAGCUCAAGAGAGAGACGAUCAAAAUCCAGCAGGUGGCGCUCGAGAUGCAGUUGACCCCCUUCCUCAUCCUCCUGCGCCGGACCCUCGAGCAGCUCCAGGAGAAGGACACGGGCAACAUCUUCAGCCAGCCGGUCCCGCUGUCUGAGGUAACAGAACUCUACGAAGUCCCUGACUACCUGGACCACAUAAAGAAGCCAAUGGACUUCUACACCAUGAAGCAGAAGCUGGAGGGCUAUCGCUACCUGAAUCUGGACGAAUUUGAGGAGGACUUCAACCUGAUCGUCAGCAACUGCCUGAAGUACAACGCCAAAGACACCAUCUUCUACCGGGCCGCCGUCCGGUUGCGGGAGCAAGGUGGGGCCGUGUUGCGGCAGGCCCGCCGGCAAGCAGAGAAGAUGGGCAUCGAUUUUGAGACGGGCAUGCACUUCCCCAUGGCUGGGGAGGAGGCACCUCCGCGGAGCACUGAGAACGGCUGUGUGUUCCUUGACCUAGACGAGGAGCGGCUGCUGUUGUCCGAGAACCAGAAGCACUUGCCCCUGGAAGACCAGCUAAGCCUCCUCCUGGAGCAUCUGUCGGAGGUGAGCACUGGGAAGCAGAGUAUGGGCCGCUGUCGCCGAGCCAAGAUGAUCAAGAAGGAGAUCACGGCGUUGCGGCGCAAGCUGGCGCAUCGGGAGACAGGGAGAGAUGGCCAUGGGGAGAGAUUGACCCGCAUCAUUCUGCCGAGCCACAAUCCGUGUGAGAAGGACACUCAGACUGACAGCGCUGCAGAGGAGAGUAGCAGCCAGGAAACUGGCAAAGGCCUCGGCCCCAACUCCUCUUCUACCCCAGCACACGAAGUUGGCAGGAGGACGUCGGUGCUCUUCUCCAAGAAGAACCCCAAGACGGCCGGGCCCCCGAAGCGUCCUGGGCGGCCACCCAAGAACCGUGACAGCCAGCUGGUUGCAGGCCAUGGGAACAGCCCCGUGGGACCCCCUCAGCUACCGAUCAUGGGGGGCUCCCAGCGUCAGCGCAAGAGGGUGAGGAGCCCACGCCCCAGCUCCAGCUCGGAUAGUGACAGCGACAAAUCGGCAGAGGAUGCCCCGAUUGACUUGGCAGCCAAUGGCUUCAGCAGUAGCAAUCAGCGUGAGAGCUUCCUAGUCUACCGCAACGACUACAGCCUCCCACGCAGCAGCUCCGAUUCAGAGUCCAGCAGCACCAGCAGUAGCAGUGCCGCCUCUGACCGCACCAGCACAACUCCCUCCAAACAAGGCAGGGGGAAGCCUUCUUUCUCUCGGGUGAAUUUCCCAGAGGACAGCAGCGAGGACACAUCAGGAACAGAAAAUGAGUCCUACUCAGUGGGAACUGGCCGAGGCGUGGGCCAUGGCAUGGUGCGGAAGAGCAUCAGCCGAUCAGCCGGCUGGCUGUCCGAAGACGAAGACUCUCCUCUGGAUGCUCUGGACCUGGUGUGGGCCAAGUGCCGAGGUUACCCGUCUUACCCAGCACUGAUCAUUGACCCCAAGAUGCCACGGGAAGGGAUGUUCCACCACGGUGUCCCCAUCCCUGUACCCCCCUUAGAAGUGUUGAAGCUGGGAGAGCAGAUGACUCAGGAAGCAAGGGAACAUCUCUAUCUGGUCCUCUUCUUUGAUAACAAACGUACCUGGCAGUGGUUGCCCCGCACCAAACUUGUGCCCCUUGGUGUGAACCAGGACCUGGACAAAGAGAAGAUGCUAGAAGGGCGCAAGUCCAACAUCCGCAAGUCUGUCCAGAUCGCCUACCACCGCGCCAUGCAGCAUCGCAACAAAGUGCAAGGAGAGCAGAGCAGCGACUCCAGCGAGAGCGACUGACCCUUUGCGGGGCUCCCGCCCUGGGCGCUCACUCAGUGCAGCUGGCCUGUACGGGAGAGGGGAGCGGGGAGCUCCAGCCUUGAGAAGCCCAGGUCCUUGGCCAGGCUGCGGGAACGAGUGCAGAGCACCCGGCAGCUCCUCCGAUGUGCUGGGCGCAACCACAGAGCACUGUGCCCUCCCCCCAGGCAAGCCUACCUCUUGUACCAGCCUGCCCUUCCUUGUUCUAUGCCUGGAAUUGCCCUGACCGGCUGCAUAAGCAACACCCAGCUGCCUGUAUAGCUCCCAAGGACAAUACCCCACUGUCUGGGGCCUCCUCAGGCUCUAGGUCUUUGUAAAAUACUGUACCAUAACGGGAGAAUGUAAAUUAUUUGGGUUGCUCUUUACACAGAUCCCUACCCCCCUGCCGGCCCUCUUUCCUCCUUGGAUUGUAGCACCUGCCCAGGUGCACCAGCUUUCCCUUGGCCCAGCCCAACCAACACUCUGCAGAGCAGGGCCCCGCUGUCGUCUCACUCGCACAUUUUGAUACUAUAGCUUUUUGGAACUUGGCUCUGCCUGACCCAACCCUGUAGGACCCUGGCUUCUCUUUCUGCAGCAGCCGGGUGGGCAUUUGUACUUGUAUUUAUUUUGGAGGAAGAAGAUCUCUAUCAAUUCUUAGAAAAUAAAAUGGCUCUUUUAGAACCAAA